CGGGCCGGGGCUGAACAGGGCAGGGCGUUCCUCGCUCUCCUCUUUCCUGUUUGCUGGCUACCCAGUUAGCUUGAGCUCGGGGAGGUGCGGAGGGAGGAAGGACUGACUCCCAGAUGCUCCGGGGGCAGCCGCAGGGCCAAGACGUCCCUCCAGGCGGAGCAAGCGGGGUUGGCUUCAGUGUCUGCUCUCAGGUCGCCCUGGCUAAGAACACCAAGCGCUUUUGCCCAGGAGAAGAGCCCAGACAUCCCAGCAGAGUACUGAAAGGUUGCAGUUUGUGGAGUUGUAAUUGCAGGUAUUCUUGAGAAAAGUACACGUGACUUGGGUGUGAGAAAGGACAUGAGGAGUCCAAGGACUUGGGGUGCUGCUAAUCAGAAUGAAACAAAUGUUGAAAGACUUUUCAAAUCUACUAUUAGUGGUACUCUGUGACUAUGUCCUUGGUGAAGCUGAGUUCUUCCUCUUGGGGCAGCCAGGUCACGUAGCUUUAAGCAACAACACCGUGUCUGUAGAUUUCCAGUAUCCUGAUGGAAAUAAUGCAACAAUGAGGAAUGUGUCUGUCCUGCUGCUGGAUGCCAGCAAAAAUCAGACCAUCACCACCAAAUACCUCCUGACCAACCAGUCCCAAGGCACACUGGAGUUUGAGUGUUUCUAUUUCAGGGAGGCUGGUGACUAUUGGUUCGUACCAAGUCCAGCAAAAAUGGACAAUAGCACCGGAGUCCCCUUGCAGGAGAAGCAUGCCUUUCUGAAGGUGGAAUGGCCUGUGUUCCACAUUGAUUUCAAUCAGACAUCAAAGGCAACAGGAGGCACCUUGCAGGUGGGACUUUUUACAAAUCAGCCGCUGUGCACUUUCACUAUGGACAGACCUGACAUUUUGGUAGAAAUCAUCUUUACCAACAGCAUUUCGGAGCUGAAAGAAAGCAGUCAACCGCUGGAAAUAAGAAUUAGCAAAAGGAUUAGCCUUGCUCCAGUUCAGUGGGUAGACUUUGACUGUGCUCCCAUUGGCUCACAAGCCUUUGCCACUGUGUUACUGAAACUGCAUGAUACUGAAUCCGUCAUUACCUCAAUAGGACCCGUUGACUUGGUCCGAAGAUUCGGCUACCAGCUGGUGACAUUGCCAGAACUAACGUGCGAGUCCUUGGUGGAUGUGAUGAUUGUGCCCCCUCCAUGUACUUUUGCCCAAGGAUCGGUCGUUGUAUAUAAGGACACUCCCAGACAUUCUGGGGAAAGACCUACUUGGUUGGCUGAAAACAUCGUGCCUCUAGGGGCCAGCAAAACAGCAUUUAACUGUACUUUGUUUGCCAUGGGGAAAAAUAAAUACUGUUUUGAGUUCAGCUUUUCAAGCAAAACCCAUUUUUCCUCGAGGGAGGAGUGCAUGGUGAUCCAGAGAACUAUAGAAGCAUGGAGCCAAUGGCAGGCCUGGAACCCAUGCAGCGUAACAUGUGGUGAUGGCGUACGAGAUCGGCAGCGGAUCUGUCUCACCUCCUCCCCUUCCAAGCCCGGCUGUGUUGGAAAAUCCACAGACACCUCCUUGUGCUCUUUGGAGGAAUGCUUUACCUUCCAACCUUCCAGCCCAUCUCCUGUCCAACCCAAGAGCCCCCUGAAAGCUAAUAACAUCGUGACUGUUACUGGGAUCUCUCUGUGCUUGUUCAUAAUCAUUGCCACUGUCCUCAUUACCCUGUGGAGGAAGCUUGGCCGGGCUCCCAAGUGCAGCGCCCCGGCACGCCACAACUCAAUCCACUCCCCCAACUUCCGGAAGAACUCAGAUGAAGAGAACAUCUGUCAGCUGAGUGAGCAGAGGGGCAGCUUCUCUGAUGGGGGUGAAGGACCCUUGGGGAACCCUGCAGAGAUCAAUAUCCCUUUGACCUACCGGAGGAGUGUGCAGCUGACUCCGGAGGAAGAAGUCUCUGGCAGUGAGAGUUUUCAGUCCAAUGCCCAGAAGAUAAUCCCCCCUCUUUUUAGCUACCGCCUCGCACAAAAGCAGCUGAAGGAGAUGAAAAAGAAGGGUCUGACGGAAACGACCAAAGUGUACCAUGUGUCUCAGAGUCCUCUCACUGACACGGUUGUGGAGGGUGCCACCAGUGCUGCCUUAGACCCAGAAAGCCCAGAAGAAGCCACAGUGAACAAAUUCAGAAUCAAAUCCCCUUUUUUGGACCAACCGUCCAUCAGCCCUGGGGAAAGGCCUCACUCCAGGCUGGAUUUUAAUGCAUCUCUGGCCAAUCCUGCGCUGAGCCCCAGCCAGACCCUCAUUCGCAGAUCACAGCUGAAAUACGUGGGCAGCAAAGGGGGCCAGUCUGAAAGGAGCUAUCCCCGGCACUCCCAUUUCAGGAGAACUGCAAGUUUCCAUGAAGCCAAACAAGUCAGGCCCUUCAGGGAAAGGAGCAUGUCCACUCUGACUCCACGACAAGCUCCAGCCUAUAAUUCCAGGACACGAACCUGGGACCAUGGAGAAGAUAGAUUUCGGGCUCGGUCUCGGGGAGGCUACCCAUGUCCUGAGAAGCUGGAGCAUCCCCGGGGGACUGAGAUGGCCAAUGAGCCAUUUAGCCCUCUCCCCAAGUCCCACCCCAUGGGGCUUCCAGCUAGGAAACCUGACUUGAUCAAUGACCGUCUAGCAGGACUGGUCAAUGGCACAGAGAGAGCUGAAUCCCACAGACACAGGAGGGGACCAUCCCCGAGUCACAAGAGCAUUUCAAGGAAACAGCCCUCCCCAACUGUCCCCAAGGAUAGCUACCAGAGGGUCAGCCCUUUGAGUCCCUCCCAGUACAGAAGAGACAAGUGUCAGAGCUUCCCAGCACACCCAGAAUAUGCUUUCUAUGACAAUACUUCUUUUGGCCUUACUGAGCUAGAGCAAAGGAUGCUUGACUUGCCUGGAUAUUUUGGGUCAAAUGAAGAAGAUGAAACCACAAGCACACUGAGCAUAGAGAAGUUGGUGAUCUAAAAGAAGCAUGAGAGUGAGGACAAAACUACGGAAUCUCAGUCAAUCUCCUAGUCUGUGUCCUCACUCCCUGCCUUCAACCCUUGGCCUGUUUUCAUACCACUUUUUGUACCACUGAACAGAGUAUCCACAGGGAAGAAAUGAUCUAUGGGAAGUAUGUUCUGUGUGUGUGUGUGUGUGUGUGUGUGUGUGUGUGUGUG